GUGGGCCACAGAUCUGCAAAAGCAGCUCGCCUCACGUCAGGUAGAUAAGGAGGCCGCAGAGGCCGAACUGAAGCGGAAGGAGGAAGCCGUCCAGGCCCGGCGUGAGGAAGAGAGAGCGCGGAAGGAAGAAGAGGCGCGCAAGGCGGAGGAGAUACGCCUUCAAGGCAAGCGCCCUCCGGGUAGCAAGAGGACACCAUCGAGAUCCAAAUCCAGGAAGAAGGGCAAGGACAAAGACAAAAAGAAGAAAAAGCCGCCAGCGAAAAAGAAGAAGCAGGAGUCCGACAGCCGAGAAUCCGAGGAGGAGGAGUCCUCCGAGGAAGUAAAGACGAAGAAAGUCAGGAGAGUAAGAGUAAAAGUCGUCAAAAAGAAGAAGCAGCAGCCUCCAUCGGACGAGUCCCGAGACUCCCGAGCACGGUCUGAGUCCAGAAGCCCCAGCAACAAGAAGAGAGGUCGCAGCCGCAGGUAG